CAUGCGCUUCGCGGCUUCUCUCGCCGCCGCGCCCCCAGCUGUCCUGGUUACAGUUGGUGUUUGCGAAUUCUCUGCGGCGCCUUCUUUGCCAAACUCCAGCGGCGGUUCCGUACGCGCGCGCCCGCGUCACGUGGGCCGAGAUUCCCUCGCGGCUGCUGGCCGGCGGGUGAGCCCGGAGAAAGGAGCCGCGGCCACUGCUCGCCCUACCUCUGCGCCCCGGGGCGGGCGCGCCGGUAAAAAUGGCGAAAUGGGGGUAGUCGGCGCUGGACCUGAAGCGAUGGGGCACGCAGGUGGGGCUGUUGUCGGAGCCCCCUGACGUGGGCGCCGGGCUUCUCUAGGUGAUUUGAUCUGGCGACCUCGGGCCGGCGCCUGAGGUCAGACUACGGAGCCCGCGGGUCGCCAACGGCCUCGCCGAGAGCCGGAGGCAAUGGAUGAACAGAGCGUGGAGCGCUCCGGGUGUCUUGUGCUCACUGUUCUGCAGUCAGGUGGUGCGUAUCCUGGAGUUUUCAAGGAUGUCUUGGCACAGAGCAUUGCUGAGGUUUUCCGAUGUUUCAUUUGUAUGGAGAAAUUGCGGGAUGCACGCCUGUGUCCUCAUUGCUCCAAGCUGUGUUGUUUCAGCUGUAUUAGGCGCUGGCUGACAGAGCAGAGAGCUCAAUGUCCUCAUUGCCGUGCUCCACUCCAGCUACGAGAACUAGUAAAUUGUCGUUGGGCAGAAGAAGUAACACAACAGCUUGAUACUCUUCAACUCUGCAGUCUCACCAAACAUGAAGAAAAUGAAAAGGACAAAUGUGAAAAUCACCAUGAAAAACUUAGUGUAUUUUGCUGGACUUGUAAGAAGUGUAUCUGCCAUCAGUGUGCACUUUGGGGAGGAAUGCAUGGCGGACAUACCUUUAAACCUUUGGCAGAAAUUUAUGAGCAACAUGUCACUAAAGUGAAUGAAGAGGUAGCCAAACUUCGUCGGCGUCUCAUGGAACUGAUCAGCUUAGUUCAAGAAGUGGAAAGGAAUGUAGAAGCUGUAAGAAAUGCAAAAGAUGAGCGUGUUCGGGAAAUUAGGAAUGCAGUGGAGAUGAUGAUUGCACGGUUAGACACACAGCUGAAGAAUAAACUUAUAACGCUGAUGGGUCAGAAGACAUCUCUAACCCAAGAAACAGAACUUUUGGAAUCCUUACUUCAGGAAGUGGAGCACCAGUUGCGGUCUUGUAGUAAGAGUGAGUUGAUAUCUAAGAGCUCAGAGAUCCUUAUGAUGUUUCAGCAAGUUCAUCGGAAGCCCAUGGCAUCUUUUGUUACCACUCCUGUUCCACCAGACUUUACCAGUGAAUUAGUGCCAUCUUAUGAUUCAGCUACUUUUGUUUUAGAGAAUUUCAGCACUUUGCGUCAGAGAGCAGAUCCUGUUUACAGUCCACCUCUUCAAGUUUCAGGACUUUGCUGGAGAUUAAAAGUUUACCCAGAUGGAAAUGGAGUUGUGCGAGGUUACUACUUAUCUGUGUUUCUGGAACUCUCAGCUGGCUUGCCUGAAACUUCUAAAUAUGAAUAUCGUGUAGAGAUGGUUCACCAGUCCUGUAAUGAUCCUACAAAAAAUAUCAUUCGAGAAUUUGCAUCUGACUUUGAAGUUGGAGAAUGCUGGGGCUAUAAUAGAUUUUUCCGUUUGGACUUACUUGCAAAUGAAGGAUACUUGAAUCCACAAAAUGAUACCGUGAUUUUAAGGUUUCAGGUACGUUCACCAACUUUCUUUCAAAAAUCCCGGGACCAGCAUUGGUACAUUACUCAGUUGGAAGCUGCACAGACUAGUUAUAUCCAACAAAUAAACAACCUUAAAGAGAGACUUACUAUCGAGCUAUCUCGAACUCAGAAGUCAAGAGAUUUGUCACCACCAGAUAACCAUCUUAGCCCCCAAAAUGAUGAUGUUCCGGAGACACGAGCUAAGAAGUCUGCGUGCUCUGACAUGCUUCUUGAGGGUGGUCCUACUACAGCUUCUAUAAGAGAGGCCAAAGAGGAUGAAGAAGAGGAGGAGAAGAUUCAGAAUGAAGAUUAUCAUCACGAGCUUUCAGAUGGAGAUCUGGAUCUGGAUCUUGUUUAUGAGGAUGAAGUAAAUCAGCUAGAUGGCAGCAGUUCCUCUGCUAGUUCCACAGCAACAAGUAAUACGGAAGAAAAUGAUAUUGAUGAAGAAACUAUGUCUGGAGAAAAUGAUGUGGAAUAUAACAACAUGGAAUUAGAAGAGGGAGAACUCAUGGAAGAUGCAGCUGCAGGACCUGCAGGUAGUAACCAUGGCUAUGUGGGUUCCAGUAGUAGAAUAUCAAGAAGAACACAUUUAUGCUCUGCUGCUACCAGUAGUUUACUAGACAUUGAUCCAUUAAUUUUAAUACAUUUGUUGGACCUUAAGGACCGGAGCAGUAUAGAAAAUUUGUGGGGCUUACAACCUCGCCCACCUGCUUCACUUCUGCAGCCCACAGCAUCAUAUUCUCGAAAAGAUAAAGACCAAAGGAAGCAGCAGGCAAUGUGGCGAGUGCCCUCUGAUUUAAAGAUGUUGAAAAGACUCAAAACUCAAAUGGCCGAAGUUCGAUGUAUGAAAACUGAUGUAAAGAAUACGCUUUCAGAAAUAAAAAGCAGCAUUGCCGCUUCUGGAGACAUGCAGACAAGCCUUUUUUCUGCUGACCAGGCAGCUCUGGCUGCAUGUGGAACUGAAAACUCUGGCAGAUUACAGGAUUUGGGAAUGGAACUCCUGGCAAAGUCAUCAGUUGCCAAUUGUUACAUACGAAACUCCACAAAUAAGAAGAGUAAUUCGCCCAAGCCAGCUCGAUCCAGUGUAGCAGGUAGUCUAUCACUUCGAAGAGCAGUGGACCCUGGAGAGAGUAGUCGUUCAAAGGGAGACUGUCAGACUCUGUCUGAAGGCUCCCCAGGAAGCUCUCAGUCUGGGAGCAGGCACAGUUCUCCCCGAGCCUUGAUACAUGGCAGUAUCGGUGAUAUUCUGCCAAAAACUGAAGACCGGCAGUGUAAAGCUUUGGAUUCAGAUGCUGUUGUGGUUGCAGUUUUCAGUGGCUUGCCUGCUGUUGAGAAAAGGAGAAAAAUGGUCACCUUGGGGGCUAAUGCUAAAGGAGGUCAUCUGGAAGGACUGCAGAUGACUGAUUUGGAAAAUAAUUCUGAAACUGGAGAGUUACAGCCUGUACUACCUGAAGGAGCUUCAGCUGCCCCUGAAGAAGAAACAUGUUCUCCUUCCUUCCUGCCAGGAAUGAGUAGCGACAGUGACAUUGAAUGUGACACUGAGAAUGAGGAGCAGGAAGAGCACACCGGCGUGGGCGGGUUUCACGACUCUUUCAUGGCCAUGACACAGCCCCCGGAUGAAGAUACACAUUCCAGUUUUCCUGAUGGUGAACAAAUAGGCCCUGAAGAUCUCAGCUUCAAUCCAGAUGAAAACAGUGGAAGGAUCCAGUCUAGGAUCCCACGUUGUAUUUUGUUGCCGUGUUUCCUUGGGAUCCUUCAAUAAUUUGAUUUGAAACUGACACUGCACCUGAUGGGUUAACAAGAUCUAGGCUUCAGAAAGUGACAGCUAUGAGUGAGGACCAUGUGUGGGGCAAAGCCUCAGAAUGAUGAAGCUUCCAGUGCUAUAGUUGGGGCCAUGUUGACUCCUUUUCAGCCAUUUGUCACAGACUUGAGAAGAAGAAAUGACUUCAAAAUCAAGAGAAAACAAAUACUGAAAGUCUCUACUUACAUCCAAAUUUUUAAAAAUAAAAUCUGUAGAUUAACAAUGUGAUGAUUGCUAAAGUGACACUGUUUUUGUCUAUUUGAUAUAGCUCUACUGGUACCCAAAAUAUGCCAGUCAUCUACGUCUUUAAAAUUCAGGGAUUUUAGUUCUGUGUGGGCCUGGGGAGCGUGUCCUAUCCUAUAAACACAUGAUUAGGUGGGGGACACGUCUUAGCGAGAGCACUCACCCUUGUGAGUGAGCACUCCAGAGGUGCCACCCGUGGGCAUUGACCGGGCUGGUCUGCAGUUGACUAGGGCAGGGUAACACCAAGACAUUCAUGACUCUCAGAGGAUCAGAGGCUGCUUCACUGAAUGAAUGAAUCUGAUAGUUUAUUUGUUGUCUUUAGUUGACAACAUGCUUCUAGCUUGAAACUGCAGAAAUAGCAAAAAGACAGUUUCAAAAUAUCAAAUACAAUAUUGAAAUGAGAAGCACGUGUCCUCUCUCUGCGGUCUGAAGCUACAUGUAAGCAGGACACUGAUGUGUCUUCCAGUUACAACUAAACAGACCUGGCUGUCAGUCAUCUGCAUUCUCAGUGGCUUCUGGGCUCACUUUAGGCAAUACUUUCAGCCUCCUCCAUGCCGAUUACUUCACUCCCUUGGGGGAAAUACUUUUAGAGAAGAUAAAAGUAGCAUUUUUCAUUCUCUAAAAUCACUUUUUAUUUUAUAGUGGUACAUGCCUUUGCUGUCUGAACUAAAAAAAGUCAAAAUACAGAAAUGCUUUUGAUUAUCUUUGUAAAUGGCAUUUUGACUCUAUAGUGUAUUUGUACCUGACAUCAUCUCCGUUAAAUCAGUUUUAUUCCUGAGAUGAGGGUACAGUGGAAAACACAUUAGCAUCAUAGAUUAAAACCAGUUGACAGCGGUCCCCUAAAAUGCUAAAUAAUAAAAAUUCCACCAAAAGCACCAUAACAGGUUAUGAAACUCCCAAGUAACUACAGCCCUAGGAAAUAUUUUUUAAUUAAAAAAAAGUUCAUAGUCUUUUAUGUUACAGGAAAAAAAUCCAUAAAUCUUCCUGACUAUUAACCGCCUCACAAGUCUGAGAAUAUGACACUUUUACACUGAUUUACCACUUUCAUUAUUGUCAGUUAAAAUCCAUAUGGCUUUUAGUCUUUUACCUACCCAAAAAGGUUAGGGGGCAGGGGGCUCCUUCAUAGUGCCCAGGAUUUUGAGGGACAUUUCCCAACCAAAUUUAAUUUAGCAUUAAAUUUUCCAUAGACAUAUUAGGCACAUCAGACCAGAUUUCAGCCACAUUGAGA